AUGUUUAUCAAAGGCUUUUCCCUUCCCCCUCCCGCUGGAACUGGAACAGCUAACUUUACCGCCUUGGCGCCCGCAUUCGGUCCUGGUCCCGGUGGCGAGAAACCUAUUAUGUCUAUCACGGGCACUCUCGCUCAGGGGAAGGCUAAGAAAGUUGCUGACCAUCUCCAUCUGAGCUCCAAUAAGGCCCGCAGAACUCAGUUGCGCGAAAUGGCCCGGUUGGUCGAGCCUUCCUCGCUUCCCAACCCAAGCUCAAACCUCUGGACGCCCACAAAAAGUCUUUGCGCAAACCAACAAGCACCCCAGCCUCACGCCCCCUUGAGGCGCCCAAGCGGCGAACUAGGCGGGUGGGAAAACAUGCAGACGCCCGCUGGCGCCGUAGAAAAGCCUCUGGUCUCCUCUGGUCUUGGCAAGAGUCGGACACCUUCUGGUUGUUCCCCGCUAGACUGA